AUGGCGACGCGACGUCGGACCUGGACGCGCGUCGGACGCGACGUCUCGGCGUCGACGACGGCGUCGACGACGACGACGACGACGACGACGACGACGCCGACGCGCGAAACGGCGCGGUUCCCGCCGAAGCCGCCGCAGGUCGUGACCGCGCGCGACCUGAGCGAGAGCGACGAGGCCGCGGUGUCGCGCGCGCGGCGCGCCAACCACGCCGUCCUCGGCGGCGUCGCGCUCGCGGCGGUCGUCGUCCUCCUCGCGAAGAGGAGGAAGAAUGAUGCGAAGCGACGAGACGACGACGACGACGACGACGCGGACGCCGCCGCGGCGAAACUCGCGUCGGAGCAGCCGCGCGCGCUCGACGUCGACGGCGCCGCGACGCCCCCGCGCGGCGCGAAGAUGACCGACUCCGCCAAGGUCACGCCCGCGAGCGGCGUCGACGCGGCGGCGGCGCCGCGCCCGCCCGCGCGGCGCGCGAAGAAAAAUCUCUUUCCGACUCGGUCCGCCGCGACCGCCAACGCGUCGUCCGAGGUCGAGCCGUACGAGUCGCCCGCGCGCGACGACGCGGACGCGAUGAUGACCGAGGUGGUGACGCGCGCGGAGAGAGGAGAAGCGGAAGUGAUCGGCGACGGUUCGAAUCUCGCGACGAUUGACGUUCUCGCGUCGCCGCCGCGGUCGCCGUCGUCCGACGCCAUCGCCGCCGUCGUCUCCGCGAAACGCGUCCUCUCGAGAGCGAAAGCGUCGCGGCGGCUGCGACAGCCCGGCGAGCUCCGCGUCAACGUCCUCGGAUGCCGCGUCGCGGACUUCAUCGCGCGCCGAGCGUCGCUGGACGCGAGAGAAGAAGCCGAGGAGCGGUGGAGGGACGACGCGGACGCGUUGAGAGACGCCGACGUCGCCGCGAGAUUCGCGCUGAAGAUCGAGUGCGACGCGCUCGGCGACGGCGAGCGGAUCGUCCGCGGGACCACGCGGACGAAGUACCUGGACUACCACGACGAGAAGCCCGGGUCGGCGGCGUCCAUCGCGGCGGGGAAGAACACGGUGACGUUCAAUCAAGGGAUGACGUUCGCGCUCCCCGCGGAUGAGAAGAGAGGGGGAUCUCUGCGUUUGAAACUCGCGUCGGGGUGCGCGGAGCACGCGAAAGCGCGCGACGACGACGACAACCUCCGGGCCCCUCGCGGGUCGACGUCGAGGAAGACGCUGUGCAUGUCCGGGCUGGUCGUCCGCGAGGUGCUCAGGGCGGCGCCGGUGACGAAGGAGUUCGCGUUGUACGAUGUGGAUGGGAAAGAAGCCGGGCACGCGCUGUUGUCGUUCGAGUGGAGGCACGCGCCGUUCGAGGCGUCGGAAGCGGACGCGACCGCGGCCGCGUAG